AUGACUCGUAACGGACAUCUUGAAAUGCGAGCUUGCUCACUCCCUCCUGAAAAUUCGGUUGCAUCAAGUGGAUAUUUACCACCGAAGAGCUGUAUUCUUAAACACAAUGACGAAUCAGGCCAAUUAUCUUUGGAGAAAUCUGAAAAUGCUGAGGUUACAGGGUCAAAGCCAAAGGCCUCAAAUUGUGACUACUUAGGCCUUGCAGAUGACGUAUUUCAGGGGUGUAGUGACUGCGACCUUUGUUCCCCUGUAUCGGCUGAUGCUGCCAAUGUUAGUAACAAACACUCGCUCAGCAACUGCAGCAUUGCAUUCACUGACGAAGAUAGCGGUUGUCAGCUGCUCGACUGUACUAACGUUCUCCGUGCUGGUCCGAAGUGUCGUAUGGGAAGAGCUUACUCUGUCUCGACGCUGGAUUCUCCGUCAAUUCAGUCAUUUAAUAAUAAGGAUGAAUUUUUGGCAGCGAUGACUGAAGAUUUAGCCGACUGGAUGUCGCGCUUGUAUCCAGAGAUCGCUAGAGACUUAGAUUCGGACAACUUCUUUGAUCGAAUUUCCGAUGGCGUGCUGCUCUGUCAUCAUGCAAACGAACUCCACCGAUUGCUUGAACGUGAAUUCUGGGUAAAUCUCGAAAGUGGUGAACGACAGCUACAAGGUGUCCAAGUUGGUGGGAUUAAGCCUAUUCUCCCUGACAACCCUCCAGUCUUCCAAGCACGGGGCCUUAGUGUCAUCAAUUUAGCAGGAGGCAGCUUUUGGGCCCGUGAUAAUGUUGCGAACUUUAUCCUCUGGUGCCGUGCUAUGCGACUGCCCGAUUCCAUCUUGUUUGAAACCGAAGAUCUAGUGUCUCGCAAAAAUCUCCGCAGUGUUAUCGUUUGUUUAUUGGAACUAGCCCGUCUUGGAGGACGUGUUGGCAUGGAGGUGCCUGAAAUCAUCUACCUUGAGAAAGAAAUUGAUGGUGAGAUCGCUUUGGAAGAGCGCGCUUUUGUUAGCGAUCGUGGAACAGAUCCAUUAGAUCUACCAGAUUGUAGCUGGGUUGGCGAUACUGCAGAACUCAAGAUCAAAACCUCAAAUGUGUCAGCGGGAACUGAAGAAGAGUUUAAUACAUCUGAGUGUUCUACUGACUCAUUCUCCGCAAAGAUUGCUGUACCUGCGAAGCCCACGACAAACAGGUCUACGAGGACUGCUAUGCUGAGAGAAAAGAAAGUGAAACUUGAGAUGGAAGAGCAGAGGAAGCCGGAAGCCUUCAGAGAUGACCAGUCGGGAGAGGAUAAAGUGAAAAAACCACGCUAUAACCGACCUGUGGUUGACAUGCGUACAUUAGACGAAAUCGUGCGCGAGAAGCUAGCACAGUGCACUUGUGAACAGACUUUCCCGAUGAUCCGACUGAGCGAAGGACGCUACCUGUUUGGUGACAAGAGCACUCAAAUAUUCGUUCGUAUUCUCAGGAAUCAUGUGAUGGUCCGCGUUGGUGGGGGCUGGGAUACAUUAGAUCACUUCUUACAGAAGUAUGAUGAGUGUCGGAAAGUGCAGAAACCAAGUAAUGUAUUUGGAGCUGAGAGGCGCUCUAACUCCAAGAAAACGCACCCAAACUCAACGGAUAGCAGUAUUCUAGACAUUUCUAAUCCGACCAAUAUCCUCCGUGCUGUUUCAACAGAUGCAAGUCGAAUGACAACAAGUGGUGAGGCAUCUUGCCACCUCCUCGGUGAGGGUAAUCUCCAGGUGACGAAAAAGGGGAGAGAGGUGGUAUACACGCGUGCUGCUGUCCCUCCUUACGAGCCCUCUAAGUGCAGCUCCAAUUUCCAUAACCCAAAGGAGGUUGGUAGAUGUACAAAUUCGAGCAAAAUCGACUUGGAUAUCAGUGGAGGAAUUGCAGAGAAAGCACUGUCGCCAAGUUCGAGCAUAGAAGAAUUUGUGCCGUCCACUAUGAUAACGGAAAAGUCCAAAACAAUUUUCAUUCCACAGAGUUCCCCAAAAAGGUCCAUAGAAACGAUGAUAUCUAUGAAAGAAAAUCAGAAGGAAGCCCUAUUCACCCAGAACAGCGGAAGAGCGAAGACAGGCCUCAUUUCUCCAGCCUCGAGCAUUGAGGACUUGCAAUCGAUCCCCGUAAUUGACCAGGUUGUCAGUAGAUCCGAUGGGGGAUCCAGUUUUAGUAGAGUCAAGCCCACCCCGGGGAAGAAGGCAGCAGAUGUCAAGUCAGACCAAACCCUAUCAUCUCCCAACUUUAAACGUGGAUCGGGCCCCAGCAACAAAAGAAUAUUUAACCCUUCGGGUCCAGUCAACGCGAACCGACAGCGGGCUACAUCAACGCACAACCUUUCACAGAGUGGUACAUCGCCUAGAUCAACUCUUGGAAAAUUUUCCAAAUCAACCGCAUCCCUCAGUGACUCAUUUUCUAGCACCCGUCCCAUCAAACCCAUCGCCUCUCAAGUAGAUCAACGAGCUGCACUCAAUGCAGCCAAGCGCGCAAAAUCAACGUCAAACCUUGUUUCCGCUUCUCCCGCAAGUAAUCAGGAUAGACAAACGACGGAUUCAUCGAAGCUUAAUGUAUUUGACCGGCUAUCAGGGUCCACUUCUCAACGCUCGAAUAUACCAAAGUUGGCAACACCUCCUGCAACUCCGAUCAAAAAGCAAAAAUACCAACCAGAGUAUACCAAAGCGCCGACAGUUAGGCGUCGUAACUCUUCUGCCACGGCUAAGAGAGUCGCCCAAAGAGAAGAAAGACAGACGAACCAGAAGACCCCGAUGCUUGCUACAGGAAAACAAGAGACUCCACAGAUUCUGGCGCCUGUCAGAUCGAACCCAACGCCGCGACGCGCCUCGGUGGCUCGGAUGCCUGCGGAAGGCACUCGAAUCCCACGACCGGUGAAAAUCCUCACGGUAACCGAGGGUAGAUCCAAAUCCGUUGGGUCCAACCUACACCCAAAGCGCGGUUCUGUUGCGUAG